AUGGACUCUUCUAUAGACAGUGCUGCUGAAUCCAGACUUCCGUCAUUGAGCUGGAACGCCGCUUACGAGAUGCUACGAAACGACUACUCGGAAUGUACGUUUCACAAGCUCAAUGAAAGGUUCAUCAACAGUGUGGGUCAAGCCCUGGCUGAUGAUCCUUCACGCCAAGAAGAGCAUCGACUGUUUCAGGAAGAAGAUGAAGAAGGUCUUCGUUCUGGCGAAUCCUUAAACUUCUUCUCAGAAAUCUUGGCUUGGAGUUUAAUCAGCAAUGGAAAGACUUUGGCAGGUAUUCCGGAGCACGGCAAACAAUGGCUGGAAGAUGCGUUCGUCGUCCCCGAGGACGUCAAGGCUGCAUUGGAGUCGUGUCGAGCGUCGGCGAGGUCGCACAUAGCGCAAGGAAGAGUCACAGUUCCUUCCGAGCUGAUCAUCGACUACAAGUCCAUCACUGAUGAUGAUGCAUUGCGCGCAACCGAGGAGAAAACUCAGGCGGCCGUGGCACAUGCGCUUCGAUCGGGACUUCAGAGGGCCGCGACUGUCAACGGCACAAGCGCGGCUGAUGACAAGAGCCAAGGCAGCAAUGAUGAUGCAAAGUGA